AUGAUAAGUGCAACAGUUAGUCUGUUAUGUUAUUCAAGUUAUUAUCAACAACAAUACGAUGAAUGUGAUAAUGGCAAUUAUUGCUUUUUUUUGGAAGAUUAUUCAAUGCACAACCCAAUUAAUACACAAAAUCAUACACGGGGUUGUGAACAGCGGGGUCACUGUAAGACAUUGGUUGAAAAUUUGAGUGGAAAAAUUUUAACAAAAUAUGGUUUGACACAUAAAUGUGGAACAUUUAUGACAACUGCGACAACAUUUGCAGAUUUAUGUUGUUGUAAUUAUGAUUGGUGUAACAGGUUAAAGUUCAAUGAAUUACCAAUAGUAAUGGAUGGCAAAAAAAAUGAAUGCAACGACAAAGAUGAAGAAGAGGGGAUGAAAGAAAACGAAAAGAAGUAUUCAACAAUUCAUUUUUAA